UAACUCAGUAUUUUGGUUUUGUAUUAACACCUUUGAGUUCAGUUUGAAGUUUUAAUUCUGAUGGUGGAACAGUAAGUGUGUGUGUGUAUGUGUGUGGGUAGGUGGGUGUGUGUGUUUUGUACUACAUGUACUACAGACCACAGUUAAACGGGUUAUAAAGGCCAUUGUCUAUUGUAUAACCCGGCUUAACACAAAUGUCUGGAAUGCAGACAGGUGAGAUCAACAAAUAAUAUUAAACCCCAUACCUGCAUUUCCACAUGUAUCUCUCUUUUACAGCAUAUUCCAGGACAUGAGCGUCAUAAGGAAGUAGUUUAUUUCUCCUUUUGUGUCUAUAUAAACCUCUGUGAUGACAGAAAUUCUGCAGGUGAGACAAGAUGGAGUUUGGAUUCGUGAUAUUUUUGCUCAGCUCUGCUCUUUUCGGGCACAGCUCUGGAUUCACAACACCUGAUGCCACACCGUACUGGGACAUAACAACAGAAUCCACGACGACAGAAAGCUCACUGACAGCAGGUGGAGCUCCAUGUGGUGGAACUCUGACUCAGUCACGAGGGGAAUUUUUCAGCCCCAAUUAUCCCAAUAAUUAUCCCAAUAAUGCACACUGCACAUGGAGCCUGCUGGCUGGAGAACUGCAGGUGGUUUCGUUAAACUUCACGUUCGUCGAUUUGGAGCCAGGCUGGGACUUUAUCAGCGUGUACAACGGUCCGACUGCUCAGCAUUCACUUUUGGGUACUGUGAGUAGAAAUCAGAGAGCUACCUUCAACUCCAGCAGCAGAUACAUGACCGUCGUUUUCUCCAGUGACGUCAGCGUGACUCCACAAGGUUUUCGAGCAGAAUGGGCUUUCAUAGAUUACAUUAGCUGCAGGGAUCACUGUGGUUAUAAUGGUACGCUCUGUUCCUGCACCAGCUCUUGUCAGUCCUAUGGAAACUGCUGCAAUGACUAUUACGAUUAUUGUUUCCCCACCACCACAACCACCACCACCACCACCACAAGAACAACACGAGAAUCCACGAUGACAGCAAGCUCACUGACAGCAGGUGGAGCUCCAUGUGGUGGAAAUCUGACUCAGUCACGAGGGGAAUUUUUCAGCCCCAAUUAUCCCAAUAAUUAUCCCAAUAAUGCACACUGCACAUGGAGCCUGCUGGCUGGAGAACUGCAGGUGGUUUCGUUAAACUUCACGUUCGUCGAUUUGGAGUCAUGCUGUGACUUUAUCCGCGUGUACAACGGUCCGACUGCUCAGCAUUCACUUUUGGGUUCUGUGAUUGGAAAUCAGAGAGCUACCUUCAACUCCAGCAGCAGAUACAUGACCGUCGUUUUCUCCAGUGACGUCAGCGUGACUCCACAAGGUUUUCGAGCAGAAUGGGCUUUCAUAGAUUACAUUAGCUGCAGGGAUCACUGUGGUUAUAAUGGUACGCUCUGUUCCUGCACCAGCUCUUGUCAGUCCUAUGGAAACUGCUGCAAUGACUAUUACGAUUAUUGUUUCCCCACCACCACAACCACCACCACCACCACCACAAGAACAACACGAGAAUCCACGAUGACAGCAAGCUCACUGACAGCAGGUGGAGCUCCAUGUGGUGGAAAUCUGACUCAGUCACGAGGGGAAUUUUUCAGCCCCAAUUAUCCCAAUAAUUAUCCCAAUAAUGCACACUGCACAUGGAGCCUGCUGGCUGGAGAACUGCAGGUGGUUUCGUUAAACUUCACGUUCGUCGAUUUGGAGUCAUGCUGUGACUUUAUCCGCGUGUACAACGGUCCGACUGCUCAGCAUUCACUUUUGGGUUCUGUGAUUGGAAAUCAGAGAGCUACCUUCAACUCCAGCAGCAGAUACAUGACCGUCGUUUUCUCCAGUGACGUCAGCGUGACUCCACAAGGUUUUCGAGCAGAAUGGGCUUUCAUAGAUUACAUUAGCUGCAGGGAUCACUGUGGUUAUAAUGGUACGCUCUGUUCCUGCACCAGCUCUUGUCAGUCCUAUGGAAACUGCUGCAAUGACUAUUACGAUUAUUGUUUCCCCACCACCACAACCACCACCACCACCACCACAAGAACAACACGAGAAUCCACGAUGACAGCAAGCUCACUGACAGCAGGUGGAGCUCCAUGUGGUGGAAAUCUGACUCAGUCACGAGGGGAAUUUUUCAGCCCCAAUUAUCCCAAUAAUUAUCCCAAUAAUGCACACUGCACAUGGAGCCUGCUGGCUGGAGAACUGCAGGUGGUUUCGUUAAACUUCACGUUCGUCGAUUUGGAGUCAUGCUGUGACUUUAUCCGCGUGUACAACGGUCCGACUGCUCAGCAUUCACUUUUGGGUUCUGUGAUUGGAAAUCAGAGAGCUACCUUCAACUCCAGCAGCAGAUACAUGACCGUCGUUUUCUCCAGUGACGUCAGCGUGACUCCACAAGGUUUUCGAGCAGAAUGGGCUUUCAUAGGUAAGUGUUAUUUAAUCUCAUUUCAACUCCAUUCAUUUUGUUUAUGGACAGUUCAGUGAAAAAGUGAUAAAAAUAAAUGUGAUAAAAAUCAAUCAAUCAAUCAAAAAAUAAUGUGCAUUUACCAAUGGCCGUGGUAGAAAACACUACCGAACAUGCGGUUAAAAGGAAA